AUGUAUGAAGACAUUAUUUUGGUUUUACGUGACGGUUGGGGUAGUGCACAAUUUAGAUAUUGGGCUCAGAAGCAUUUUGUGCUUGUGAAAAUUGGUGAAGUACAUUUUGUAUAUAGUAGUGGAAAAGUUAGCCGUCCAGUCGUUACUUAUGAAGAACUUUAUAUAAAAAUAGAUGAAUGCCACAAUCGUGUAGGUCAUCAUGGAAGAGACAAGACAUGGGAAGAAGUACGUAAACUCACGAUUUUUCUUAAUAAAAAAAAGGCAACUUCUAGGUUCUCUUGGGCUUAUCCACUUGAAUCUAAAGAGACCCAACUCGUAGCAGAAAAGCUGUUGAAUCAAUUUUAUUCAUUUGGUGCUCCUCGUAUACUUCAAAGCGAUAAUGGAAAGGAAUUCGUAGCUCGAGUUAUAAAAAAUAUGAAAAAGACUUGGAUAGAUUUAGUAAUUUUGAAUGGUCGGAUUCGACAUCCCCAAACACAAGGUCUAAUCGAACGUGGUAAUCGUAAACUAGAAAUGGCGUUAGGCAAAUGGAUGCAACAUAAUCAUACUGAUAACUGGUCGACAGGUCUAGGUGCAGUUGUGUAUUCAAUAAAUACGAGUAUUAGUAAAGUAACAAAUAAAACACCUUUCGAGAUUGUGUUUGGACAACGAUCCAGAUCAGAUUUUAAAAUGUGGACAAUCGUUAGUGAAUCUGGUAUUGAAGAUGAGGAAAAUCUUUCUAAUGAUUUUAUUUGUGAAGUCAAUGAAUUACAUCAAUGUAAUAUGAUGAAUACGGAAACAGAUGAUUCAAACGAUAUUGACAACAACAAUCAACUCAACGCUUUCGAUACCAGCAGUCAAAUAUUUAAUCUAGCACCUCAACCUCAACUACUAGCGUUGCCUUCUACACAAAAUAUUAACGUUUCUGUUAAUACUAUUGAUAAAUCUUGUGAAAAAACAAAUGUAACAUGUCCUCCUCGUAGUCUUUUCGACUUGGACGAUAGUACUACUGCUGAAGAUGUUCUUCUCACGAAUAGUAGUGAAAAUAUUCCUAGAACAAUUGAUGAUACAAUUAAUCAUGGAUAUAAGGAUAUUGGCGAGAAAGCAACAGCUAAUUAUAUGACAUCAACUGUAAAAAGACAAAAGUUAUGUGAAAAUGCUAUGCAACAAGAACAACAACAAUACGAGCAGGGAGAUCUCGUUGGUCUUCAAUUCGAUCAUAUUGACCGUACUAAUACAAGACCAAAAAUCUUACCUUGCAAAGUUAUAUCUAUUCAUGCGUUCUCGAAUGACAGUAUGAGAUAUAAGGUGUGUAUUUCGAAAGGUAUAUUAUCAACAUUAUAUGGUGUCCAAGAUCUCUUGGAUUUAAGAAAAUGUGAUUAUACUGAUUUACGUGACGUUGAUCCAACAAAUCUACCAACAAUUACAUUUACAGAAGCGUGUAAAGAAUAUGUUUUAGCAGGUACAAAUCCAGUAGCAGAAGCAUGCAACUGUAUUGGUAAAUGUGCUACAAAAUCUUGUCCAUGUAAAGCUAAACUCUUUAAAUGUAGUACAAAAUGUCAUCCAAAAAAGAAACAUGUUUGUGUUAAUAUUUGUAAUUACUGCAGCGACUAA